AUGCCGACUCCUUGUCCUUGCUGUUAUUUAUCCGUCAUCACCUCGUGGCUUGCUGACAAACCCCGCGAAAUAGGCUUCCCCGACCCCUUUGCUGUUGCUACAGUCAAUGGCGAGCAGACAAAGACGACGAGCGUCUCCAAGCGCACUCUGAACCCUUAUUGGAAUGAGAGUUUCGACUUUUCCGUCAACGAGGCCAGCAUCCUUGCCGUCCAGGUUUUCGACCAGAAAAAAUUCAAGAAGAAGGAUCAGGGAUUCCUCGGAGUCAUCAAUAUUCGAAUCGGAGAUCUUAUGCCUGAGAUUGGACCCGGGGUCGACGACCAAAUGAUUACCCGUGAUCUGAAAAAGUCUACCGACAACCUCGUCGUCCAUGGGAAACUCAUCAUCAACCUUUCCUGCGACCUCAGCUCCCCUGCCCGAACUGCUUCCGGGGCCCCUCGACCGGCGCUCACACCCGGUGCCUCCAACAUAUCAUCCUUAUCAACCCCGUCUGUGGACAACCGCCCUGGAUCAGCCAUGUCUGGUAGCAACCAUGAGGGAAGCGGCCUCGCUGCCCCGUCCGCCUCGGGCCGCCCGACCAGCGUGAGCAACAGCGCCGCAGUCUCCGGAUCUAGCGGCAGCGCCCGCCCCACUAGCCAGCUGAGUCCCUUCGAGGAUGCCCAGGGACGCCUCCCGGCUGGAUGGGAGCGUCGUGAAGAUAACCUCGGUCGCACCUACUACGUUGAUCACAACACCAGGACGACGAGCUGGAACAGGCCCACGGCCAACGGCGCCGUCGACAACGGCAACCGCGAGGCCAACACCCAGAUGGAGCGCCAGCGCCACCGAGACCGCACCCUCCCCGAGGACAGGACCGGCACCAGCUCGCCCACGCGCCAGGGCUCGCCGUCCCACCAGACCGGCAGCGCCAGCCCCCCCGCCGGCGCCACGACGGCAACAGCGGCGGGCGGCAGCUCGACCGGCGCGGCGGCCGCCGGCGCCAACACUACGAUACACACGGGCGCGACGAGCCCCGGCAGCGGCGAGCUCCCGUCGGGAUGGGAGCAAAGGUGGACCCCCGAAGGUAGGCCUUACUUUGUCGACCACAACACGCGUACGACGACGUGGGUCGACCCUCGUCGCCAGCAGUUCAUCCGCAUGUACGGUGGCCAGAACAGCACCAACGGCCAGAUCCAGCAGCAGCCCGUGUCUCAGCUGGGUCCCCUCCCUAGCGGGUGGGAGAUGCGCCUGACCAACACGGCCAGGGUCUACUUCGUGGACCACAACACCAAGACGACCACGUGGGACGACCCUCGUCUGCCGUCGUCGCUGGACCAGAACGUACCCCAGUACAAGCGUGACUUUAGGCGGAAGCUCAUCUACUUCCGGUCUCAGCCUGCCAUGCGCAUCCUGAGCGGCCAGUGCCACAUCAAGAUCCGGCGAUCGCACAUCUUUGAGGACUCGUUUGCCGAGAUCACGCGGCAGUCGGCGACCGACCUGAAGAAGCGCCUGAUGGUCAAGUUUGACGGUGAGGACGGUCUUGACUACGGUGGCGUGUCGCGCGAGUUCUUCUUCCUGCUGUCGCACGAGAUGUUCAACCCCUUCUACUGCCUGUUCGAGUACUCGGCGCACGACAACUACACUCUGCAGAUCAACCCGCACUCGGGCAUCAACCCAGAGCACCUCAACUACUUCAAGUUUAUCGGACGGGUGGUCGGGCUCGCCAUCUUCCACCGGCGCUUCCUGGACGCCUUCUUCAUCGGGGCGCUGUACAAGAUGAUGCUGGGCAAGAGCGUGGCGCUGGCCGACAUGGAGGGCGUGGACGCCGACUUCCACCGCUCGCUGCAGUGGAUGCUGGACAAUGACAUCUCGGGCGGGAUCCUGGAGCAGACGUUCUCGACCGAGGACGAGCACUUUGGUGUCAUGACGGUCGAGGACCUGAUCCCCGACGGCCGCAACAUCGAGGUGACGAACGAGAACAAGAAGGAGUACGUCGACCUCAUGGUCAAGUGGCGGAUCGAGAAGCGCAUCGCCGAGCAGUUCCAGGCCUUCAAGGAGGGCUUCCAAGAGCUCAUCCCCCACGAGCUCAUCAACGUCUUCGACGAGCGCGAGCUCGAGCUGCUCAUCGGCGGCAUCGCCGAGAUCGACGUCGACGACUGGAAGAAACACACCGACUACCGCGGCUACACCGAGUCGGACGAGGUGGUGCAGAACUUCUGGAAGACGGUGCGCUCCUGGGACGGAGAGCAGAAGUCUCGCCUGCUCCAGUUUACCACGGGUACCUCGCGUAUUCCCGUCAACGGAUUUAAGGAUCUCCAGGGCAGCGACGGUCCGAGGAGGUUUACUAUCGAAAAAGCUGGAGAGAUGACGAAUCUUCCCAAAGCACAUACAUGUUUCAACCGCAUUGAUCUCCCUCCGUAUAAAAACCUGGAGAUGCUUCAGCAGAAACUGACGAUUGCUGUUGAGGAGACGAUGGGCUUUGGACAAGAAUAG